CAUGAGGUUACUGAGCUGAAUUCUAAAGAUAGAAGCAUUAGUAUCUGGUCUGUAUUUUUAAAUGUCACAGCUGAGGAAACAAAAACAGAUUUAGGUUAUCUCCCAUCCUCUGCUGCCAGCUGACAAAGACAUUAAUUUUCCACCUUGAGCAUGACAUGACUUUAUCUCCUCUGGUCUGUGUAUGCAUUGUUCAGGUAACUGAAGCGUGGACUUCCAUUAGCGGAUAGCCUGAUAAAAUAAAUACACCUGAAUAACAAAUUAUGUACCAUUAAAUGAAGUCAGUAGGCUUUUGAUUUCAUUUGCUUUUUGCAGAAGUAACACUUGCAGACCAAAGAAGAAUAUGUGUAUAAUCAACAACAACUGGUUCAGGCAGAGCUCAUGCAAGUCUGUGCAAGCUCCCGUCACAGUGCUGACAAAAGUAUUCAUGGUAGCAACAUAACAAGGGUGCUCUUCUGUCCAAUACCCAGGGCAGUGCAGCAGCAGGCAUGAACUGGUCUGGAUUGGAGAGUCUGUUGAGUGGAGUCAACAGAUACUCCACUGCUUUUGGGAGGAUUUGGCUGUCUAUGGUGUUUGUGUUCCGUGUCUUAGUGUUCGUGGUGGCAGCGCAGAGAGUUUGGGGUGAUGAGAGCAAAGACUUUGUCUGUAACACCCGACAGCCUGGCUGUGUCAACGUGUGCUACGACCACAUCUUCCCCAUCUCCCAUAUCCGUCUGUGGGCGCUGCAGCUGAUCUUUGUCACCUGUCCGUCUCUCAUGGUGAUAGCUCAUGUCAAAUAUAGGGAAGGGAAAGACCUGAAAUAUGUGGAAGAGCACCACGGCUCUCACCUUUAUGCCAACCCUGGAAAGAAGAGAGGGGGGCUGUGGUGGACCUAUCUGCUUAGCUUAGUCUUCAAAGCAGGAUUUGACACAUCAUUUCUGUAUAUUCUCUAUCGAAUAUACCAUGGCUAUGACCUUCCCAGGUUAUCCAAGUGCACACUGGAUCCAUGCCCUAACACUGUCGACUGUUUCAUCAGUCGACCAACGGAGAAGAAGAUCUUCAUGGUGUUCAUGGUUGUGUCUAGUGCACUGUGUAUCUUUAUGUGCAUCUGUGAGAUGCUAUAUCUCAUUGGAAAACGUAUCAGCAAACUACUAAGGAUCCGACACGACAACCAGAGGAUUCUAUUUGCUGAGCAGCACGAGCUCACCAACAUAGCCCCACCCAGGUCCCAGUACCGGAGGGACCCGACACUGUCAGACAGCCAGCUGAGCUUAAAUAAGAGGGAGAAGAUCAGAGAAGACACUGUAACUACCACACUAUAGGACUGGGAGAUGCUACAUUAUUAAACUUAGAGACACAAGAAACAGUAAUGUGGCAAUGACUGAUAAAAGGACUGAUCCUGUAUGAACAUGAAACACUCAUGAUCCUCACACCAAGGAUCAGGUUCUCAGAAGACUACUACUAUCAUUGAGGAUUGUGUUAUAUUGUAUCUUAAAGUUUGCUACAUGUGGAGAAAAAUCCAGGACUGGGCUUUUAUCUCGGCUGUAUAGAUUUAAAGCUAUGUGUGCAGUGGUGGAGAAUCCCAGCCCCAUGAAGUAAAAGUCCUGCUAUAUGUGUGUUCCAACCAUUCACUGAACCAGCCCAUUUAGAUGAGCACAACUCCUCAUCCAGGUAGAGUAGUGGAAUCACCUCUGUUAAAUGAACAGGUAGAACCAAUACAUGGCAGGACUUUGACAUCAUGGAGCUGGGAUUCUCCACAACUACAUGUGUAUCAGGGCACAGCUGGACAAACCAAACGUUAUGUAUUAUUUACAAUGUAAGACAUUUUCACAUGAAAUGUGGCAUCAUUUCCACUUCUUCUGCUGUUACCCUCUUUUACAUUGUAAAUAGCUUUUUGUUUUAGAUGAUUUGGGUUUUGUUUUGUUUUUUUUUUAACUGAAAAAACAUCUUUGGUGCUCUAUCAAUGUCUGCUUUCCACAAAUAGAACCAAAUCACAACCAGAAUGUGAUAAACUGAUGGGCACAAAUUGAGUGACAAGUCGGUCCCCUCUGCUGCAUGGAUAGUGGUCUAAAAAGUGUAUUUGCAAACCUCUCAGGGCCUUUUAGGAAAAGGACUUAUUUACAGCUGCACCAUUCAGUGUAAUAAAGGUUAAUGUGUACAUUUGGAUAUAGUUACUGAUUUUAAGAGCGUUGACAAGAUCAUUUAUUCUCUCACUGAUAUUUCAGUCUUUCGAAUAGUGAACUGGAUUUUUUGUUUUAAAAAUGGGUUGAGUCUAUUUUUGUUCAUCUUUACAUCUUUGCUAUAUUUAAUUGCUUGUAAAAUAAAAUGUUUUAUUAUGC